CACAGGUCAGACACGUGAUCAUAACGGAAGUAAAUAAACUGCUUUCCCGCGCAGUCAAAUUACAAGAAGCUAGGUGUUUAAAGAAAGACCGACGCAAUGGAUGAGCUUUAUUUGGACAAUAUUGACGAAUUUGUCAACGACCACAACAAGAUAGUAACCUAUAAAUGGCUGAGUCUCACUCUCGGAGUCCAUGUCAACACAGCUAAACAGAUGCUUUACCAUUACUUGGAGCACAAGAGGAAGGAAAGUUCACCUCAGCUCCACGCCACCUACCUCGUAUCUGGGAAGCUUGAGGACAAAGGUCAAACAUGUCACAAGGUGUCUGUUGUCAGAGAGGACCAGUUGGAAGAUUUCAAAUCCAAGAUGAGCUUGAUAGUUAGUAUUCAUGUCUACAGCGUGCAGAAAGCUUUACUCAAAGACAGCGGCCCACUCUACAGUGUCGACUAUGAUGUUGUUAAAGACAACCUGCAGAGCUGCAGCAGAUACAGCGCAAUUCGAUGCGCCAAUGCGGUGCCCAUGUCUGCUGUGGAGCUGCAGCAGGUCCAGGAAAUCCAGCAAGCUCCAUCGGUGCCUGAAAGGAAAACGUCUGCCGUGAACGGGAAUGCCAAUUUGGCCUCCAAACCAUCAAGUAAACCACAGAGAGGCAUCAUGGGAAUGUUUGCAAACAAAUCUGCACCUAAGACUCAGGAUAACAGCAAAGACGUCAAGUCUGGACCAAAAGAAGACUCUUCUGUGACAGAGACCCUGAAAAGCAAACCGGCACCAAAGUCCAGUCCAAUAGCCAACCUUUUUGGACCUCAGACCACAAGAAAACCUGACAAACCUGUGAAGAAGGAGCAGGAGGCCCAGUUGCCUAUCGCAUUAGAGCCACAGCAUCAGAGUCCAACACCAGAGGAAGAACAGGAACCCGCAGCUGUGCAGCCGCAGAAGGAGGCCAAGACGGACUCCAGGAGCAAAACAAAGCGAAUAGAAGAGUCUGAUAGUGAGGAGGAGAAAAUGGAGAAAAAAAAGAGGCGAAGGAUCAAAAGACCAGAACCAGACGUCAGUGACGAAGACGUUAUUCCAGAUUCUCCAUCUCUGGUGAAAAUAAGCGAGCCGAGUCCUGAAAAGGAGCCUGAGUAUGUCCAGCAUUCACAUGUGAGCUCUGAAACCAAAAUAAGGAAAAGGAGAAGAGUCCUGAAGUCUCGUAACUUUAUGGAUGAGGAAGGAUGCAUUGUGACAGAAAAAGGAUACGUGAGUGAAUCUUACUCUGAGACAGACGAUGACUUUCAAAGCACCAAACGAGCUCCACAUGACAACAUUAAAGCAAAGCUAACAUCAAGCAGCAAAGACAACGAGAAGAAAACUCAGAAGAAGUCUUCAGCCAGCUCAAAUAAAGGAAGCAAACAAGCUUCUAUUAUGGGAUUUUUCCAGAAGAAAUGACAGAGACGUUUCUGUUGGCUCUGAAGAACGACGUGCCGUGUUUGCAGAUAUCUCACAAAGACGUUUAGAUAAACCGACUUAGCUCACAAACACGGACAGUUGAAUGACAGGAAAGCACGUCUCAAAUGGACUUAAGCCUUUAAACAUGUCUAGUUCAGGAAGAUUGUUAUUUUGUUUCUCACUGUUUUUUAUUGACUAUCAAAUGUAUCCCAUGUCCAAAUCAAUAAACAUGAAACUGUGA